CCACCACCCUAGAACCGAGACCGUCUGACUACCAGCGGUGACCAAAAACAAGCCAGACUACAGCGCACACACAGACAGUGAUCAACUCUGCAUACUCCUCACAGAUACCCUGGACAGCGAGUCACGAUGGGCGUAUUCAAGACGCUGCUCAAGACUGGCCUGUGGACCGGCGUGGGGUCCGCGGCCGGCGUCGGAGGCACCAUGGCCUACAUCCUGUCGAGCAGCCAGAUCGUGGACCUGCCGCGGGACGACCCCAUGUUCCGGGAUAGGACGUACGGCUGGUACAACCCCAGAGGCACUCCGGCCCUGUCGGACGUUGUCAUCAAGAGGGUGCCCCUGAGCAAGAUCAAGCCCGAGCUGCGUAACAGCGAGGAGGCCCUGACCCUCGAGUUCUGCCGUGGCGUCUGGGGCCGGUGGGGAUUCUGGCCUCAGACCAAGUACCAGCAAAAGUACGACCGGCCUCCCAAGACUGAUGACAACCUCUGGGACAUCAAGGAGCUCGCCCAGGCAAAGUUUGACCGUGGACUGCGCAUCGUGAACCACUUCGAGGUUGUCAACAAGAAGCGCAACGAGAUCUGGAUCCGCUGCGGCGGCUCACCCAUGGACUCUGGGCUGAGGAAGUCGGACGGCCUCAUUGUGCUGGGUGCGCGGAUCGACAAGGCAGCGCAGGAGGUUGAAUUCACUUUCAAGUCGUCGCUCUUCAACAGCAGCGCGCCCAAGCCCCCCCGAGGCAGUGACCUCAAGCACUCGAUGCCGGCCAAGAUUGUCACGCUGCACCAGUGGUAUGUCAAGAUCCUGACAGAGAGCGCCAUGGGACGAGUCCUGGCGUGAAGAUGGUGGGGAGAUAUUGGUCACUACAAAGUGACAUUGGUCGGAUACGGUCCGAGCAAGAAGGUCGCGGCGGUGGACGAUGACAAGGAGAUGUCGACAGCACGAAGGGAGUUGCUUGCCAAUCACCAAGUGUCGCAGGGCGUAGGCUGCUGUUGCUGAUGGCACGGAGGUGAAAUUGGGGCUUUUCGGAGGGGCAUGGUGAUCGUGCCCAGCAUCAAUUGUGUUUUAUUUUCUGGAUCAGGUAUGACGAAUA